GAGAAGACAUUUACCCAUCUCUUCACGCGGCCGGCCUAACUCUCGCCUUGCCGCUGCGGGACGCUUGCUCCGCCCCGAAGCUUCCCUUCCCCGAUUCUCCGCCGCGGCUGUUUCUGUCGCCGGUCAAGAUGAUGUCCGGCGGUGGCUACUCCGCCCUCGACGACCCCAAAGCCUCCGGAUCCGUCCCGGCGGCGACGGGGCCAGAUCCGCAGACCAUCAAGUUCACCGAGUCCAACCUCCAGACCUUCCCACCCUCUGAAGCCAAGGGCAAGAUCUCUGGCGCCUACCGCCCGCCCACUGACUCAGACGACACCUUCUCGUCCAAGGUUGGAGGGGCAGGCGGAGGCAGGGGUAGCGAUGGUGGAUCGGACGAUGCCGCGCAGGGCGGCUGGUUCCGCAUGUUCUCCGUAGCGGCCUACAAGCCCUACUUCGACGUUGACACGUCCGAUGUCGUGGAGAGGAUCUGGGAGUCGGUCUUCCCCUUCCGCGGCAACUUCACAGAGAAGACUUCGGACAAACCCGACCUGUAUGGGCCAUUCUGGACAUGCACCACCCUGAUUUUUGUUGCUGCUUCCAUUGCCACGUUUGUCACCUACCUUUCCCACAAAUGGCAUAAGAAAGAGUGGACCUAUGAUAUUAACCUGGUUACAUGGUCUGCGGGCUUAUUCUAUGGCUAUGUGACAUUUGUUCCCCUUGGGUUAUAUGUCAUUCUUAAGUACUUCUCAGCACCUGCUGGACUCGUGCAAUUGUGGUGCCUGUAUGGGUACUCUUUAUUCAUCUUCAUUCCAGCAUCGCUUCUGUCAAUUGUGCCAAUAGAAAUAUUCAGAUGGGUUAUUGCUGGUGUCGCUGGGUUUAUGUCUGCUACCUUCGUUGCUGUCAAUCUCCGUGCCCACAUCUUAAACUCCGGGGAGCGGUGGUUUCUGAUCGUUGCAGGGAUAUUCUUGUUGCAGUUGGGGUUGGCUGUUUUGCUGAAACUUUAUUUCUUUACGAUAACUGUAUAGGGAAAUGGUGUCUCUUCUUGUAUUAGUCAGAAAUGAGCAUGCAGUUCUCCAUGUCGAGUCGAUUCAUUGAUGUAAUUUUCCAGGCAUACAUCCCACCUUACAUGUGACACUCAGGAACGAACACAUACUACUUCAUUAGCCUCUGAAAUCACAGAAAUGGCAAAAUAUCCUUCGGUUGUUACGGGGUUAAA